AUUAGAUAGCAGUCUAAUACGAUGAUAAAAAUCUCUAAUAGAGGGGGUUAAAAUCUCAUAGCAUUGCGAAAAUUCACAUUAACCGGAAAGAUAUUGGAUAGGCUCCGGAAUAUCGCCAAUCAGUACGUUGGCAUUUGCCCGAAAUGAAUGAUCGAUCGUAAAGUAUUUUUAUAUUCUCAUUCUUUUCGCGUCUUUUUCCCACGCAAUUUUUUCUGGGUUAUUGACUUAAGGUUGAACGGCUUCGCAUACAUUCCGCGUACAUACGUUUUCUGUAUCAUCUUAGGGCAUAAAAAAUGGAUUCACGAAAGUUUGCCAGCCUAGAAACUCCAGGUUAUGUGGGCUUUGCCAAUUUACCAAAUCAAGUACAUCGAAAAUCUGUAAAAAAAGGCUUCGAAUUUACACUAAUGGUCGUCGGUGAAUCAGGACUUGGAAAAUCAACAUUAGUUAACAGUCUUUUUCUUACCGACUUAUAUCCAGAACGAAUUAUUCCAAAUGCAACGGCAAUGGUAGAACUUUGUAAAAAAACUAAUCAGGUGGUAAGAUUGGAUGCUUCUACAGUAGAAAUUGAAGAAAGAGGUGUGAAACUUCGUUUAACUGUAGUUGAUACUCCGGGAUAUGGAGAUGCGAUAGAUAAUACAGAUAGCUUUAGAGCUAUCAUACAAUACAUUGACGAUCAAUUUGAGAGGUUUCUUAGAGACGAAAGUGGUUUAAACAGAAGAAAUAUCGUCGAUAAUAGAAUACACUGUUGUUUCUACUUUAUUUCUCCGUUUGGUCAUGGACUUAAGCCAUUAGAUAUCGAAUUUAUGAAACAACUGCACAAUAAAGUCAAUAUAGUACCUGUAAUUGCUAAGGCUGACGUCCUGACAAAAAAAGAAAUAUUACGGCUGAAGAAGCGCGUCCUUGAAGAAAUCGAGGAAAAUGGAAUAAAAAUUUAUCCCUUACCCGACUGUGACAGUGAUGAAGAUGAAGAUUAUAAAGAGCAAGUAAAGCAAUUAAAGGAAGCAGUUCCUUUUGCAGUUUGUGGAGCGACUACACUGUUAGAGGUGAAAGGAAGAAAAGUUCGUGGAAGACUUUAUCCUUGGGGUGUUGUAGAAGUGGAAAAUCCAGAGCACUGUGACUUUAUCAAACUCAGAACUAUGUUAAUCACUCAUAUGCAGGACUUGCAAGAAGUUACUCAAGAAGUUCAUUAUGAAAACUAUAGAAGCGAAAGAUUAGCCAAAGGAGCACCAGUCCCUCCUAGACGUCAAACGGUUAUCGAUAGUGAUAAAAACAAUGCUGUUUCGGAAAAAGACCGUAUUUUACAAGAAAAAGAAGCAGAAUUACGAAGAAUGCAAGAAAUGUUAGCUGUAAUGCAAGCACAGAUGCAACAACAGCAGCAAUAAAGUUUCGAGACACCAGAUGCUAAAAAUAAUGUGUGUAAGAUCUGAAAAGGAAGAAUAUCUGUGGAUUUUUAGAUAAUAUAUCUUAUAAACAUCUAAGAUUAAUUAACAGGGGCAAUUCAAAUUUUUUGCCUAACCUACUAAUUGGAUCUCAAGUGCAUCAACGAUUAACUGUGUUCUCAUAUUAUAUUUUAUUCUUUAAAGAAUUAAUACUCUUAACAAGAAACAUGACAAGCAAUUCACUAUCUACUGAGUGGUUUCAGCAACUUUUAUCAAAGAAAUUAAUAGUGAAACCUAUGAAGUGCCUUGCAGUUGUCAUUCUUGAUUACAAAUUUUGUUACUUAUACUUUUACUACCUUUUUAAAAAUAUAUAUAUAUAUUACAAAUUAAGAAAGAAAUUCGAUAGUAUUGCAAGCCAAAAUUAAAUACCUAUGCUUUUUAUAUUUUUGAAUGAAACAAACAUAUUAUCGAUGCUAGACUCUUCUAACAAGAAUAGGAAAAAUUAAAUCUUUUCC